UCAAAUGAAAUGUCAUUGAAACGUCAAAAAGAAAAAAUAAUAAAUAAAAUAAAUAAAAAAGUUUAAAGAUUGAACUGAAUUUUAAGUUAAAAUUGACUUUUCUGAAGACAUUUAGCAUGUAAUAUUGUGUAGUGAACCGCAGGAAUGUUCUCGCGCCUUGUGCAAUUCAGUGUGAGGUCACAUAACCUCUACCCUUCAUCCCAUUUAAUUUACUUAAAAUACCCAAAUUGUUUAAAACUAGCUCCUGUAACUCAGUGUAACCCAAAUCCAGUGCAACAGAAACGCUUCUAUAAGAAUUUCGGUCAUAAACCUAAGAAAACCCCACCAUUUACCAAAUUCUGGUAUGGUUUGGUUUUUGGGCUCUUCAUCCUUGUAUCAAUUGAUUAUAGAUGGGUCCGGCGCACUUUAUUUCCCCCAGUGAAGGCCCAGAGUGAGACAAUCGGCGAAAAUUCCGACGUUGAAAAAUCCGAGGACGCUGAAGAUGACACCAAGAAAAAGAAACACCGGAAGGAGAAAAUCGGCUUUCGUGAUCGGAAAAUUAUUGAAUACGAGAACCGUAUCCGCCACUAUUCUACGCCCGAUAAAGUUUUUCGAUAUUUCGCCACACUGCAAGUCCAAGGGCCGACCGUCGAUCAGCAUGAGAUUUACAUGACCCCCGACGACUUUUUGCGGUCGAUGACGCCGGGGCUCAAGCAGCCGGAUGGUCUGGGCCUGGAUCAGUACCGGCGCUACGACCCCAAACACGAUUUUCAGACUGUGCAACAUAAAUUGGAGCUGACUUUGGACGAGGAUAGCAUUUUCUUCAAGUUGGGGAGUGCCGGUCUUAUCACUUUCUCUGAUUAUAUUUUCCUCUUGACCGUUUUGUCGACGUCGCGACGCCACUUCGAGAUUGCGUUCCGGAUGUUUGACUUGAACGGCGAUGGGGACGUCGACUGUGAGGAGUUCGAAAAAGUCGCAACUUUGAUAAGACAACAGACUAGUAUUGGGUCCAGACAUCGCGACCACGCCAACACCGGAAACACUUUCAAGGGAGUCAACUCGGCCCUCACGACGUACUUCUUCGGUCCGAAUCUCAAAGGGAAGUUGACCAUCGAGAAGUUCCUCGAUUUUCAAGAGAAGCUCCAAAAGGAGAUUUUGAGUUUGGAGUUUUUGAGGAAGAAUCCGGACGAAAACGGGAAUAUCAGCGAAGCCGACUUCACGGAACUCCUCUUGGCAUACGCCGGAUAUCCUCAAAAGAAGAAAUCGCGCAUGUUGAAGCGAGUCAAAAAAACUUUCAGGGAUCACGGCCAAGGCAUCUCCAAACAAGACUAUUUGAAUUUCUUCCACUUUUUGAAUAAUAUUAACGACGUUGAUACCGCUUUGACUUUUUACCACAUCGCUGGGGCGUCCAUUGAUCAAGCGACUUUGAAACAUGUGGCCAAAACGGUGGCCCAUGUCGAUCUCAGUGACCAUGUGAUUCAUGUCGUUUUUACGAUUUUCGAUGAGAAUAUGGAUGGACAGUUGAGUAAUAAGGAGUUUAUCGCCGUUAUGAAGAAUCGCUUGCUUAGAGGGCUGGAAAAACCGAAGGAUACUGGAUUUAUCAAGUUCAUGCAGUCGGUUUUGAAAUGUGCCAAGGAGACAAGACCUGCAUUGUUAGAUAUUUAAUUGCAACUUCACUUGCUAAGGAUUGUUUAAGACUGUUAGUGUUCAUUUGAAUAGCAAAUAAAGUAAAAGUUUUUAA